GACUUGUGACAGACGGGUUUUAACCUCUGACAGCGAGAUUCAUUGUGCAGCAGGAGCCAAUCAUAGAUCCUGACGACACUUGUCUCAUCUGAGUUGGAAUAUAAAAAGCCACUUGGAAUACAGUAUACAGGACUCACUGGCAUGGCAGGUUGUCUUUCAGACACGCACUAAGAUUUUGCUUGGCAUUACUCAAAAGCAAAAGGAAGAAAUAAGAACAAGGGAAAAAAGACUGUGCUGAUUUUAAAAUGAUGCAAAAACUGCAGAUGUAUGUUUAUAUUUACCUGUUUAUGCUGAUUGCUGCUGGCCCAGUGGAUCUAAAUGAGGGCAGUGAGCGAGAAGAAAAUGUAGAAAAAGAGGGGCUGUGUAAUGCAUGUGCGUGGAGACAAAACACGAGGUACUCCAGAAUAGAAGCCAUAAAAAUCCAAAUCCUCAGUAAACUCCGCCUGGAAACAGCUCCUAACAUCAGCAAAGAUGCUAUCAGACAACUUCUGCCCAGAGCGCCUCCGCUCCGGGAGCUGAUCGAUCAGUACGACGUCCAGAGAGACGACAGCAGCGACGGCUCUUUGGAAGAUGACGAUUAUCACGCCACCACGGAAACAAUCAUUACCAUGCCUACGGAGUCGGACUUUCUAACACAAGUGGAUGGAAAGCCUAAAUGCUGCUUUUUUAAGUUUAGCUCUAAAAUACAGUACAACAAAGUAGUGAAAGCCCAGCUGUGGAUACAUCUAAGACCCGUCAAGACCCCCACAACAGUGUUCGUGCAAAUCCUGAGACUCAUCAAACCCAUGAAAGACGGUACAAGGUAUACUGGAAUCCGAUCUCUGAAACUUGACAUGAGCCCAGGCACUGGCAUUUGGCAGAGUAUUGAUGUGAAGACAGUGUUGCAAAACUGGCUCAAACAGCCUGAAUCCAACUUAGGCAUUGAAAUCAAAGCUGUGGAUGAGAGUGGGCAUGAUCUUGCUGUAACCUUCCCAGGACCGGGUGAAGACGGGCUGAAUCCCUUUUUAGAGGUCAAAGUAACAGACACACCCAAAAGGUCCCGGAGAGACUUUGGUCUUGACUGUGAUGAACACUCCACAGAGUCCCGGUGCUGCCGUUACCCCCUCACGGUGGAUUUUGAAGCCUUUGGAUGGGAUUGGAUUAUUGCACCCAAAAGAUAUAAGGCCAAUUACUGCUCUGGAGAGUGUGAAUUUGUGUUUUUACAAAAAUAUCCUCAUACUCAUCUUGUGCACCAAGCAAACCCCAGAGGCUCAGCAGGCCCUUGCUGCACUCCUACAAAAAUGUCUCCCAUUAACAUGCUAUAUUUUAAUGGCAAAGAACAAAUAAUCUAUGGGAAAAUUCCAGCCAUGGUAGUAGACCGGUGCGGGUGCUCAUGAGCUUUGCAUUAAGUUCAAAACUUCCUCCAUCAUGGAAGGUCUUCCCCUCAAUUUCGAAACUGUGAAUUUAUGUACCACAAGCUGUAGGCCUUGAGUAUGCUAUAUUAACUUAAGCACAAGCUACAGUGUAUGAACUAAAAGAGAGAGUAUAUGCAGUGGUUGGCAUUUAACCAUCAACAUAAACCGUAUGAUAGGAUGUUUUAUGAUUUCCAGAGUUUUUGAACUAGAAGGAGAUUAUAUUUAUGUGCAUAUAUAUAUAUAUAUCACAACUACAAUCUAGGCAAGGAAAUGAAGGCAUUUCUUCUUCUGGGCUGCUGAAUUAAAGGGGUAUGAUUAAAGGUAAAAUCUUAUUUCUUGACAGUUUUACUUAAUAUUUACAGAACAAACUAUUGGUAGCCUUGGUAAAGUGCAGGAUUGUUGUAAUUUAAAAACAUUCAUGUACAUUUAUAUUUGUAUUGUAUACUUGGUAUUUAAUUCCACAGAAUAGGAAUGGUACCUCAUACAUACGUUUCCAUCCCUAUAAUUAUUGGACAAUCCAUGCCAAUGGUGCUAGUGCAAUUGGCUGAAUGGCUAUUACCUGCUUUCUCACACAGAACAAGCUCCCUCCUUCAGGCGCAUCUGCACGCAGCACUAAGUGUAGAAUGCAUUUCCUUAAAAAAAAAGAGUUUUUUUCUAGAGGUCAACUUUCAAUUCUCUAGCACAAUGGGGGAAACUGCACUAUCGUAAAAACCAGCCACAUACUAUUCAUUUCUAUCAAAAUCACAGCCUACCUUUGUCACAUUGCAGUUUUGUGGUAAGAUAAUGGAAAUGGCUGAUUCUAUCAAUAUUGUAUAAAAGACUCUGAAACAAUGGCAUUUAUAUAAUAUGUAUACAAUAUUGUUUUGUAAAUAAGUGUCUCCUUUUAUAUUUACUUUGGUAUAUUUUUACACUAAUGAAAUUUCAAGUCAUUAAGGUGCAAAGACAUGUCACGUAUCACCUAAAAGUGACUGCUUCUAUUUCAAAGUGAAUUAGCCAAUUUAAUAGUGGUCUUAAAACUCUGUAUGUUAAGGUUAGAUGGUUAUAUUACAAUCAUUUUAUAUUUUUUAUAAUAUCAGCAUUCAUUUAUGGAUUCAUGCUGGCUGUAUUUGUGAAGUUUCAGUGGCUUCCUAUCAUCGAAUUCAAAUCUCAAUGCCACACUACUUUAAAUAUUGUAAGCAUUACCAAACAACAUAAUGAUUAACUCCAGUAUCUAAAGAAAAACCAAUAUGGUGUCUCAAUAAGAACAGCUACUUUAUUUUAUAAUUUAACAAUGAAUAUGUUUCUGCAUUUAUUUACUUCAAUUUUGUAAAUUGGAAUUUUCUUAAUAAAUGUAUUGUACUUAUAGCUAAAUGAAAUUAUUUCUUAUAUAAAAUGUGUAGAAAUUAUAACUUAUAUUAAAGUGUUUUCACAUUUUUGAAAGGCAUCCCAGUUUUAUGUUAUAAUGAUUAAUUGUGGGUUUUUUACUUUAUUACAAAAGCUUAAUGGCUUAGUACAAAAGUUUGAUUUAGGAACUUAAGACAUGUUUACUCUAGUUCUGAGUGAAAUUCCCAAUGAAUUUGCUUUGUAUAUACAAAAGCAAAGACUAAGUGUCUUCUGUUCCAUUUCUGUUUCUUGACCUAAAAUCUAUUUCCUAGUCUCGAUUUCAAAUGCAUUGCAGUUGACAGUGUACUAGGUUACAGCUUCCACUGAAGCCUUCCUCCCGAGCACUUACUGAGACUGGCGCAUCUUUCUGAGCACUUUGGGCACAAAUCUUUAAUUUAAAUAACAGAGUGACUUUAAGUUACCUAGAAACCCUUGUGUCCCACUGUGCAGGAGUAUGUCUGAAGCAAUCGUUUCUCUUAUCUUCAUCAGUUUAAGCUUUUGGCCAUGCAGUUAAGGUUAAUAGUGAAGUGAUUAAGAUUUUAUUGUGCUACUAUUUCUGAGUGAAUAAUUCAUAGUUAACACAUACAAUUUUAAUAAUUUCUAUAUGUAUCUUAAUGCAUAAGAAAUAGAAAUCCAGGUUCCAGCACAUUAUACUUGCUUUAUCAUUCAUCCUAAUGAAAUUAUUAAAAUUGUGACGUGAUAAAAUCCAUUAAAAAUAAUCAAAGGUCCAUUUUCAAAAGCAUAAGUCAUGAUAACUACCAAUUUGAUGACUAGGAAAUCAAACUUUAAGUGGUUAGAGACCAGUGGGGGUUUGCCUGGA